AUGGACGAGGAACUGUUAAAUAUUGAACAACCAAUUAUUUUUGAUGAGUCAAUUGCACAUUAUGAAGUGCACACUCAGCAGCCAUACACCUCAUCAACGUACAAUAAUAGUGACGAAAUUCGAAUCGCUGUACAGAAUCAAGAUCAUUGUCUACUUCUGAGCAAAAGUUCAAUUCAUAUCAGUGGAAAACUGUUGAAAACUGAUGGAACGCCUGUAACACACACAUCUCUGGUUUCUAAUGGCGUUUGCCAUUUAUUUGAAGAAGCAAAAUACGAACUCAAUGGUGUAGAAAUUGAUAAAAAUAAAAAUGUAGCUAUUACAAGCUUAAUGAAAAAUUACGUUUCUUUUGAUGCUACUCAAAGCAAAUUUCUUGAAAAUGUUGGUUGGUUAGACUUUACUAAUGAUGCAACAUUGACUAAUGCACAAGGCUAUUUCGAUGUUUGUAUUCCGUUAAAUAUGAUUUUCGGCUUUGCUGAAGAUUAUAAAAAAAUUGUUGUAAACGCUAAACAUGAGCUCAUUUUUACAAGAUCAAGAAUAGAUUCAAAUGUAGUUCGUCAAACUGCACCUAUUGAAGAAUAUAAAAUUGUCAUUGAAAAAGUCGAAUGGCUGUUACCAAAUCAAUAUUCUACUUUGUAUGAAAUGUACACUAAUUUUCAAGAUGUUUAUUAUGGAAAAGAAUCUCAACCGCUUUUGACGAAAAAAGAAUUUUUGCAAUAUGCUCCUUUAAUUGUAAUAGAUUGCUCAAAACAAAAUGAAGCACUAAAAAGUGGUCCUGUUGAUAUCCGUUUAGAAUUUGAAUCAAGAGAAAAUUUUCCCCCUAUCACUUCAGCAUAUUGUCUAAUUUUGCAUGACCGCAUAGUUGAAUAUAAACCAUUAAGUGGUAUUGUAAGAAAGAUUGUAUAA